AUGGAGAGUCAGAGAUUCCAGUCCUCAUACAGGAAGCGUUUUGGGCCCCAGGGCUCGAGCAGCACAGGAGUCAGAAUUUCUUCCAGCCGCUUCUCCUGGCAUGGCACCCCUCGCACCCUCACCCACUCCAGCCCGAUAUCCAGGGUGUCGCUGGGAUCGACCAACGCGGCCCUGCUCCUGGGGAGCCCCGGGGACCGGCUGGACUUCUCAGCUGACACCCUGAUGAAGGCCCAGUACAAGGAGACGCGCACCAACGAGAAGGUGGAGAUGAUGGGCCUGAAUGACCGUUUCGCCAGCUACAUAGAGAAGGUGCGCCUGUUGGAGCAGCAGAACAAGGUGCUGGUGGCAGAGUUGAACCAGCUGAAGGGGAAGGAGCCCAGCCGCCUGGGAGACAUCUACCAGGAGGAGCUGAGGGAGCUGCGCAGGCAGGUGGACGGUCUCACUGCUGGCAAAGCUCGGCUGGAGAUUGAGAGGGACAACCUGGCUGCAGAUCUGGCCACGAUGAAGCAGAGGUUGCAAGAUGAGAUGGGCCUCCGACAGGAUGCAGAGAACAAUUUGAACACCUAUAGACAGGAUGUGGAUGAGGCGUCUCUAAAUCGUGUCCAGCUAGAGAGGAAGAUCGAUGCCCUGCAGGACGAGAUCAACUUCCUGAAGAAGACUCACGAUGAGGAGCUGCGUGAGUUACAGGAACAGAUCAUGGCCCAGCAGGUGCACGUAGACCUGGAUGUAUCCAAACCAGACCUGACUGCUGCUCUGAGAGACAUCAGGGUCCAGUAUGAAACCAUGGCCUCUUCAAACAUGCAGGAGACAGAGGAGUGGUACCGAUCCAAGUUUGCUGACCUGACAGAUGCAGCCAAUCGAAACGCAGAAGCCCUGCGUCAGGCCAAACAGGAAGCCAAUGAAUAUCGGCGUCAGAUCCAAGUGGUGACCUGCGACCUUGAGGCUCUCCGUGGGACAAACGAGUCUCUGGAACGCCAGCUCCGGGAGAUGGAGGACCGCUUCUCCAUGGAGACUACUGGUUACCAGGAUACAGUGAGCCAUCUGGAGGAGGAGAUCCAAGCGCUGAAGGAGGAGAUGGCGAGACACCUGCAGGAGUACCAGGACCUUCUCAACGUCAAGCUGGCCCUGGAUAUUGAGAUUGCCACCUACAGGAAGCUGCUGGAGGGAGAGGAGAGCAGGAUCACCAUUCCAGUUCAGAGCUUUUCCAACCUGCAGUUCAGAGAAACAAAUCUGGACACUAAAACCCCAGAGGCCCACGUGAAGAGGAGCAUCCUGGUUCGAACUGUGGAGACCAGGGACGGGGAGAUCAUCAAGGAAUCAACGACUGAACACAAAGAUCUUCCUUAAAGCUUCCUCUCCCAUCUUGCCUUCAGGCACGAUUUGAGGAUUUUGAACAAUUAUUUCAAAUGUAUUUUUUGUUCCCCAUACCCCAAAGCUGCCCCAUCAGAGUCAUCACAUCAUUUCAUUUUUCCCUCCCUUCAUCAUCACCCGUAGGCUAAUGUGUUCAAAACCCUACAACCAUGACAUAACCAUUACAUACUCCUAGACUCCCUCAUUAGAAUUUCUGUCAACAACAUUUAUGUUCAUCUUUUGUACAGAUCCACCAAGAGCUCGCCUUGGCUGUAGGUCAGUCAUCUCAAAUGAUCUUCAGCUUGUUCCAGUAAUAACAGCUGGAAAUUACUGGCAACCUGUUUCAUUUCAACAGGCCAGAUUUUUUUUAGCAUCGUUUCAGAUUAGCUGCCAUAGAAGAGAACUUGAAACGUAGCAGUCGUGUUCAGCUAACAUGUUGCAUGGCGGAGGUGGACGUGUGGUUAUGUGUAUGUGAAACGUGGCGAGGGAAGUACAAG